AUGCUCUGGCAACCAAUUGAUAUGUACUCUGCAACAUGGAGCUUGCCUGAAGAAGAGAACAACUAUACCUGGGACUAUUCUGACCUCUUUGUUGAUGUUGACGAUGCUCUGCCCAUUCCUUUGCCUGACGAUCCUUGGUUCGCUCAAUCUAUGUCGCAAAUGUUUGAAUCCGAAGCUACUCAGCCCACUCAACCACACCAAAGUGGCGCUCGCUCGAUCGAUCACGAGGCCAUCAGGCAUACUCGAGCAAAGCAAAAUGGGGAACGAAGAUCUUCUGUCCAAUUCUCCUGCGCGAAUGCCAAUGAGACCUCCGGGUCCUGUGCACCCGCUUCGUCGGGCGACUUCAAUGUCUUGGCCCAAAAGAGCAGCGGGUAUCCCAAGCACAAUUUGAGCCACAAUGAUGGCCAUCCGAACAAGGAACAGUAA